CUUCGUGAUGGCACCAGAUGGCGUUUGAUGUACCCCCGUGGCCGGUCGAGUGGACAAUCUUUGAACUUGGUCCGAAUAUGGUAUUCUUUGCUUGCUCAGCUGACGCUAGAAGUCAUGUUGCUGUCGCCAUGCCAGAUGUGUGUAUGGAUAUCGUUCGGCCAAGCCCAGGAACUGCAACCAGUCAAUAGUCCGUAUUUGCGAGACAUGAUCGCACGUCGUUCCCGCCAGAAAGCAAGUCCAGUCAGUUGACGAGCAGCAUGGCGGUCCAUGCCUUACCCCGGCCGAGCUGCCGCCACUCUAUCCGAGCCUGAGAAGAGACCUUUGAUUCCGACCCAGACAGCUGGUCGGAUCAACCGCCUCGUGAGGCUAGCCCCGAAUGUCGAGUCCAGGUCCGGCGUCCUGAUGUUACCCUCUUUUACCCCAUGCUGGCCCUC